GGUACUUCUGCAGAGAAAGCGGAGUAGCCAGUCAGAACGCUGUGUGCAAAUAUACAGUCACUUAAUAUUUUUAUUGAAAGGAACAUGAGGACGGACAGCUGUAUGUCAUGCAGCGACUGCUUUCUUACUCAAAAUCGACUAUUUAAGACAGGGGCCAUCCGGUGAAGACACUUCGACAGCAUCGCACAGAGCGGCCUGGAAUGCAAUAACUGCUAUCAGCUGAUGGAACUAACGUUUUUCAAGGAAACAAUUGAACUUGAUUUCUGGGAACAUACUGGCCGAAAUGAGAUAGUAGAAUAACGCAUGUAACGCAGCGAACUUAGCAAAUUAUACAAACAACUUAUUAAAUACUAAGAAACCAUGACCACCCCGGCUCUUCUGCCUCUGUCGGGUCGGAGAAUACCCGCUCUUGCCCCCGGUGCCUCCUCCUUCCCACAUCACAGGGCAACGCUAAGGCUCUCAGAGAAGUUCAUCCUCCUCCUCAUCCUCAGUGCCUUUAUCACGCUGUGUUUUGGAGCGUUUUUCUUCCUUCCCGACAACUCCAAACAUAAGCGCUUCGACCUGGGACUGGAGGACGUGUUGAUACCGCACAUCAACUCCAAUAAGGAAGGGAGACAUCCUAGCGGGCAAAUCAUCCACGGGCAGGGUGGACACGAUGAACACCGUCACAGGGAGGAGGAGGAGAGCCUGCAGAGCAAGAUCCGCGCGGACCACGAGCGGGCCCUGGAGGAGGCCAAGGAGAAGCUGCGGAAGAGCCGGGAGGAGCUGCGGGCCGAGAUCCGCACCGAGAAGACCCGGCUGGCCCAGGACCUGAAGAAGAAGGACGGCGCCAGGCCCCUCCCCCCGGUGCCCAUGCCCAAACUGGUGGGGGUGAACAACGGCGACCCCGGGGACCCCGACGUCAAGGAGAAACGGGACAAGAUCCGAGAGAUGAUGAAGCACGCGUGGGACAGCUACAGGCAGUACGGGUGGGGCCACAACGAGCUCAAGCCCCUCGCCAAGAAAGGACAUUCCACCAACAUCUUCGGAAAUUCCCAGCUGGGAGCCACGAUCGUGGACGCCUUGGACACCCUCUACAUCAUGGGCCUCCACAGCGAGUUCAAGGACGGCCAGGAGUGGGUCGAGCAGCACCUGGACUUCAGUGGGAAUGUGGAGGUUUCCGUCUUCGAGGUCAACAUCCGCUUCAUCGGUGGUCUCCUGGCAGCCUAUUAUUUAUCAGGACAGGAGGUGUUCAAGGUGAAGGCGGUCCAGCUGGCCGAGAAGCUCCUGCCCGCAUUCAACACCCCGACGGGCAUCCCCUGGGCCAUGGUGAACCUGAAGAGCGGUGUGGGUCGGAACUGGGGCUGGGCGUCGGCUGGUAGCAGUAUCCUUGCCGAGUUUGGGACCCUCCACAUGGAGUUUGUUCACCUGACGUACCUGACUGGAAAUCCGGUCUACUAUCAGAAGGUGAUGCACAUUCGUAAGCUGCUGGCCAAAAUGGAACGACCCAAUGGGCUGUACCCCAAUUACCUGAACCCUCGGACCGGCCGCUGGGGACAGCACCACACGUCGGUGGGGGGCCUGGGCGACAGCUUCUACGAGUACCUGCUCAAAGCCUGGCUGAUGUCCGGCCGGACGGACGUGGAGGCGAGGAAGACCUACGACGAAGCCAUAGAGGCCAUCGAGCACCACCUGAUCCGCACGUCCAGCAGCGGCCUCACCUUCAUCGGGGAGUGGAAGAACGGCCACCUGGAGCGCAAGAUGGGUCACCUGACCUGUUUCGCUGGAGGCAUGUUUGCGCUGGGCGCCGACGGCUCUCCCGACGACAAGGCGGGGCACUACCUGCAGCUGGGAGCCGAGAUCGCCCACACCUGCCACGAGUCCUACGACCGCACAGUGCUGAAGCUCGGCCCGGAGGCCUUCAAGUUCGACAGCGGCCUGGAGGCCGUGGCCGUGCGGCAGAACGAGAAGUACUACAUCCUGCGGCCGGAGGUCAUCGAGACGUACUGGUACAUGUGGAGGUUCACCCACGACCCCAAGUACCGGCAGUGGGGCUGGGAGGCGGCGCAGGCCAUUGACAAGUACUGCCGUGUGAGCGGAGGCUUCUCCGGCGUCAAAGACGUCUACUCGUCCAACCCCACCUACGACGACGUGCAGCAGAGCUUCUUCCUCGCAGAGACGCUGAAGUAUCUGUACCUGCUGUUCUCUGGCGAUGACCUCCUCCCCCUGGAGAACUGGGUGUUCAACACGGAGGCGCACCCCCUACCCGUCCUGCACCAGGGCAACCUCACCCUGCCCGGGACAAACGCCCUGCGAUAGGAGGGGCCGCACGGGACGCCCGAAGCAGGACCGUCCCGCCACUCUCCUCCCCCCUUCAGAAGGGCCGCAGGGAGAAGGGGCGGGGCCUCUGCUCCUGCACGCGGUCACGUGACGCGGUGAGCUCACGGGGGUCACCUGACCAGGCCUACUUUGUACUUUAUUCCAUUGCUUCCCAUCUGACCAAACGUCCAUGCGCAGCGCACAGGAGGACCACGGGACCGGUCUCUGCACAUUCACAGACUCUGCUGGGAGAGGGUGUAUAUUUAUCAUUCCUGGAUGGACACACUGACUGCAGCCGCUGCUGUGAGCGGAGAUAUGUGUACAUAUCUCUGCAUUUCUCUGUUUAAAAAAACAGGCUGGUGGGUAUAAACACACUGGUUUAUACUGGGCUGGGAUGGACCUUAGUUUCUGUGGAAAGACAUGCCUGCAGACGGAUAUACGGCGAUUUUCGCGGAGUGGAUGUGCACUCGUUUAUGUUGCGCACAUAGAAGAUCGUGAGGAUUUCUUUUUCUGGGGCGUUAUUUCCACCCCCCUUCCUAAUUUCUGGCUUGAACACGGUCGACGCUAACCCCAAACUACAGCACUACCUGUUUACUCCUCCCCGUGAUGACCUUUGACCUGGAACUAUACUGACUUCCUGUCACACUCACUUUGGUGGGACAGAGAGGGUCUCCAUGUUGGGUGGGGUCAGUCAGUUGGCGGUGUCCUGCUGUUUUUGUCCAUGGCCUCAUUCUCAGUCUCCGGGCUCGAGGAUCAGCUGAGAAAAAGUGUACAUUGGCCAUAGCCGUGGAUAACGUACAGUACAGUACAGUGUCAUGUUGCCCAACUGCCCCAGUCUGUGGUGACCUUUCAUCUGUAGCUCUCUCUCUCGUCCUCACAGUGGAACAGAUAAACGCUGUCUGCUUACGUGCUGUAGGAGUUGUGUAAUGGUGGGCUGUUGAUUAGGGAGCGUUCUGGAGCAGGUGCAGAAGCUUAACUGGAGAGGCUGUGCUGUGCUUCUGCGGUCUGGCUGACCAAUUGCAGUCUGAGACAUUUAAAUUACACCAAUCGCACCUCCUUCCUGGAAGUCAACUGUCCCUCAGUUCCAAACCAUCGACCGUCACGUUCAGCACCAUUAUGUUCCUCAACGUCCCGCGUCGAGUCAUUCUUAAGUCAUCCCCAAUCGAUGUUUUCAAUGAAGAUGAGGGUAUUUAAACACUGUGUGUGAUAAGCCAUGUGCUAAAUGUACAUUUUUUGAAUAAAAGGUGAGUAGGGAAAGAUUUUUUUUUUUUUUUUGACUGGUUGUCCAGUCAGGUGUCAGUGUAGGAGAGAGGGUGGGGUGCUGUGGAGGCUGGUGUAGACAGCGCUGUCUUACAUAAGAGCGCUGUGGGAGAGUCAGGACGCAGAUAAACGCGUCAGUGGGGAGCUCCCAGGGACCACACUGCCGGAGGCGCCAUGGACAUUCUGCCUUGUGCACAGUAGUGUUCAGUGUUAAAUCAACUCUUACAGUGUACUUGUUGUCCUUACCCUGUUAGAGUUGGAUUUACACUGGACUCUUUUACUGUGUCUGUAUACUCUCCUGGUUGAUGGUUGACAUUUAGACAGUGCAGUCUGCUUUAGAAGUUGCCGACUGGAUGCUCCCUUCCAGUAAAUCUCCAUACUGCCACCUAGUGGUGUAGAUCUUACGCCUCUGUUUCCCCUGUCUCCCCAAAAAGAUGAAUGUGAUGGCUAAAGAUUUCCAUACCUACCUUCACUAAACGCUGAAAAGGUGCAAUUACCCCCCCCUCCCCCCAAACAUAAAUCCAUUUUAUUCUCACUGGCCAGUACGUCCCAUGUGACAUGAUGAUGUGAUGUUGUAUGACUUCUCCAGGCAUUAUGACAUCCACCAGCACACACACAUACAUACAU